CUGCUAACGUGACGGAUAAAUAAAUAGAUGGAAAAUAAGAAUAUUUAACGAGAAUAAUUGCCUACGGGAUGACGAGAAAGUUUGACGGUAAGUUUCGUUAGUCAGCUGUGAGGAGGCAAGAUGAGGAGCUGGAGCUUGUGGGCAUUUCUUCCCAUAUGCUUUUCAUUAUGCACCGCCAUUGGACUCAUACUUGUGUAUUUCAUCGCUCGACAAUAUGACACCAUAACCUCUUUGGGUUGGCAGAGCAGUAAUAAUCAGAGAUCUCCACCGUAUAUAAGUAUCGCAGGCGAUCAACCUCCCGCUAGCUGUGUCUUCAGUCAAGUUAUGAAUAUGGCAGCUUUUAUGGGAUUCCUCAUCGGGUUCCUCAGAUACCUCCAGCUGAAGCCCAAAGUACGCAAGCCUUGGCUGAACAUAGCCAGCCUGAUCACCUUCUCUUUGGCCUCCUUUGGGAUGACACUAGUGGGCAACUUCCAGUUCUCCAAUGACGAGGCCGUUCACAACGCUGGCACCAGCCUGACCUUUGGCCUGGGCACGGUGUUCUGCUGGCUGCAGUCCAUCGCCACCCUCAGACUCAAUCUGAGGAACGAGGGAAGACGCUUGGGCAUCAUUCGCUUCGUGCUGUCGGCGGCCAUCACCCUGAGCGUGCUGCUCUUCUUCUCCCUCAUGUUGCGGGGUCAUCAUCUCCACGGGGCGCGAACGCAGUGGUGCCUGGUCAUGUUCCUGCUGGCCUUCAUCGGCACGUUAUCUGUGGAGUUCCGCCACUUCAACUUCGAUGUCGUCUGCAUGGAGCACCAAGAGCCGCCCGUCACCCUGUCGGACAGGUUCUCUGUGGUGUCGGAGAAUCACCCCGGUACCACGAUGCAAACACAGGAUCACCCUGGCUACUUUUGAGUCAAAUAAG